ACAAUGGCCCCAUUUGUAUGAACAAAAGCAGAGAAAAGAAAUAAAAAAGGAAGUCACAUUCUCCCAUUUGCUUCUCUCAAACGGCAUUCUCUUUCUCCUCUUUCAAUCUCACCUCUCAUUUCCACACUCCUCACCAUCCACUCUCUUUCACUCCCUUUCUCUCUCCUCUUUUCUCACUUCUUGCUCACCAACUGAGUACCAGAGAUUUUUCUUCAUUAACGGAAAAUUACCUAUCAAAAAUGCCCAGAAAAACCUUUUUGUACUUCAUUCAUUCAACUCCCAUUUCUUGCUAAUUUGGGGUUUUUAAGCUUUCACUUGGGUAUUUCCUUUGAUUUUUGUAUUUUUCUGGGAUUAAAUAAACUUAAAAAAUGGCCGCAAAUUUUCUACAAACAUUUACUGCAUGAUUUGGGUUUUUGACCUUUUAUUUGGGUAUUUCCUUUGAUUUUUUCUUCUGGGUUUGAAUCAACAAAAAAACUGGUUUAAAAAUGGAGAAAAAACAAGGGUUUUUCCAAACACUAAAAGAGGAAGUAGUUCGCGGAUUAUCUCCAGGAAAAUCAAGGUCUAGAAGUCCCGCAAGAAGUGGGUCUCCCAUGACAGGUCUUCUCCGACGUCGAAAAAAUCACCACGUGGCAAUCCCUGAGGUUUUGAUUGCAAGAUCCGGUAGUUUAAGGCCGCCAGAGAUGUUAUCUCCGUUGAGAGAAGGACCUGACCCGUGCAAUGCGCGUGAUGAGAGAGAUGAAGGAGGUUGGUCCCACUGGAUGAAACGGAAUCCUUCUGUCUCUGCUUCUUCGUCUUCUUCUUCUGCUGCUUGUAAAAGGUCGGAUCUGAGACUUUUGCUUGGUUUGUUGGGUGCUCCUCUUGCUCCGGUGCACGUUAGCGCUGGUGACCCUCUUCCUCAUCUUAGCAUCAAGGAUACUCCCAUUGAAACUUCAUCAGCGCAGUAUAUCCUGCAGCAAUAUACCGCGGCUUCCGGGGGGUUGAAGCUUCAAAAAUUUAUACAUAAUGCAUAUGCCAUGGGGAAAUUGAAGAUGCUAGCUUCUGAUAUUGAGACCCCUAAUAAGGUUAUCAAAAACAGAAGUUCCUCCAAGUCUGCAGAGUCUGGUGGAUUUGUAUUGUGGCAGAUGAAUCCUGACAUGUGGUAUGUUGAGCUUGCACUUGGUGGUAGCAAGGUUCAUGCUGGUUCCAAUGGAAAACUCGUUUGGAGGCACACUCCUUGGCUCGGUGCACAUGCUGCUAAAGGGCCCGUUAGACCCCUUCGUCGUGCUCUUCAGGGCCUUGAUCCACGAACAACUGCUGCUAUGUUUGCUAAUGCAAGAUGCAUCGGCGAAAAAAAGAUCAACGGAGUAGACUGCUUCAUCCUGAAACUAUGUGCUGAUCCCAAGACUUUGAAGGCCAGGAGUGAAGGGCCAGCCGAGAUCAUACGACAUGUAUUGUUUGGGUACUUCAGUCAAAAGACUGGUCUUCUGGUGCACAUUGAAGAUUCCCAUUUGACCCGCAUCCAGUCUAACGGAGGAGAUGCCGUAUAUUGGGAGACAACAAUUAAUUCAUGUCUUGAUGAUUACCGACCUGUGGAAGGGAUUAUGAUUGCUCAUUCAGGACGUUCAGUGGUGACCCUAUUCAGAUUCGGAGAAACAGCAAUGAGCCACACUAAAACAAGAAUGGAAGAAGCUUGGACCAUCGAAGAAGUAGCCUUCAAUGUCCCUGGUUUGUCGAUGGACUGUUUUAUCCCUCCUGCCGAGGUAGGGUAUAGCUCUGUUGGAGACUCGUUUGAACUCCCCCACGGCGAGAGGUUGAAUACUAUGUCAGCAACAGCAGCAGCAUAUCGUGCUAAAGUUGCUUCAAUGGACAGAACGUACGAGAACAAUAUGGGCAACAUUACCUGGCAAAUGGAUGAUAUGCACGUCUGAUAUCGGAGGUAUUAGACAGGAUAGCUAGAUUUGUAGGGAUAGAAUUUCGAAGUUUUUUGGUGUGUAGGAGAGGAGGUUUUUCUUUUAAGCAGAAAAAAAUUCCAUUGGAUUGUUUUGUCCCAUUGAAUAUGUAAAUAGAGCACAGUGAUGAUUCACAAGAGAGGGUACAAAUGUGAAUUCUACUAUCUUAUUGAGUCAUGUGGAUGAUGAAUCUGGUGGAUUCUGCGUUUUAGUACUGUCCUUCAAUUGAUGGUAUCAAAUGAUCAUCCAUCUCAUUUAUAAUCUCUGUAAAAUUAGUGGUUGGAAUAUCGUUUUCUACUAACCCAACUGAUCUAUCUAUCUAUCUAUUUAUCGUGUUUUGUCAACAUAAAUGGUUCUUGCUCUAUUAUAAUACAUCUAUCAAAGUACAAGUAACAUGUUAAGCUACUUGUAUUAGUUAAAAAAACUACUUAUAUUGUUAGCCGGAAAGUAGAGCCGUUUCGUUUAUUUUGACCU